CUUCCGCCUGGAGUUUGCGCGACAGCUGGACAGGGAGGUCUGCUCGGUGGGAGGAUUUGGGGUCCAAUUUCUGUAUACUUUAAUUACUGUAACAUCCUGCUGAAAUGGGAGACAAGAAGAGCCCGACGAGGCCGAAGAGACACUGCAAGCCCCCGUCGGACGAGGGCUACUGGGACUGCAGCGUGUGCACUUUCAGGAACACAGCCGAGGCGUUCAAAUGUAUGAUGUGCGACGUACGAAAAGGGACGUCAACUCGUAAACCUCGCCCCGUUUCUCAGAUUGUGGCUCAGCAAGUACCGGCACAAUUUGCUUCACCUACACAACCCAAAAAGGAGAAGAAGGAAAAGACGGAGAAGGACAAAAACGACAGGGAGCCAGCAGUGAAAAAGAACGGUCACAAAAAGAUGAGGCCACGGUUAAAAAACAUCGACAGAAGCAGUGCACAGCACUUGGAAGUUACAGUGGGAGAUUUGACAGUCACCAUCACAGACUUUAAGGAAAAAACAAAGCCCCUGUCCUCCUCCACCAGCACAUCCUCCACAGCCACGUCAGCAGAUCAACACAGCCAGAACGGAUCCAGCUCAGAUACCACAGAGAAAGCAGUGUCCAGAUCAUCCUCUCCUCGAGGUGAAGGCACGUCUGUGAACGGAGACCUACACUAACCCCCCGAGAACUCCAAAAUUUUAUGAAAGGUCAAAGAUGUUACCGACAGAAUCACUUUAGUCGCUCCAUUCACUCUGACUCAUUCUCACCUGGACUGGAUGGGACUGAGUGUUCCAGCAUCAUAGGAAGCUCUCAGUUCUUAGUAGGAGGAAAUGCCCGUGUUGUUUGUCACAACAAAAAAAUACUCUGUCUUCUGUCUUAAUGCUCUGUCUUUCCUAAGCAUUAGGAACUAUAUGCAGAGAUGUUUUGGCUCAGAGACACUUGCUGAAGUUCCUGGAAGUAAUGGAUGAUUCAAGAAUGUAUUUAAAGGCUAUGGAUUCUACUGUGCUUCUCAGUCUCAUGCACUACACAUGCCUGUAUGAUCUGUAUAUAUCUGAUUCAAUUGAGGUAAUUAUUUAGUGGGUCAGGUGUGUUACAUAUGUAAAAACAAACAUGUACUGAGCAGGGUUUCUAGUACUGAGACAGAGAACCACUAGUGCAGUGUAUAGUCAUAAUAUUGUGAGGUUCAAAUAACAUAGUUAUUGUUUCUAUUAAUUUUACUUAAGGACUAUUUUGGUAUGAGUUUUAUUACUCAUGAAUGGUUUACAGAGCAUAAAUGUGAAGAGGUUUGUAUAGUGACUGUUAUUAGUAGACCCUAAAUAACUGGGAUACAGGCACUGUUAUAAUAUCUGGAAAUAUAAUUUUUGAAACAGUUUCAAAGUUACUUCACUGAUUUUUAUAAAUUUUAAAAGAACAUUUUCCCUGUUACUACAACUUUACUGAGAAAAAUAUAUUUAAUAAUAUGAAAAGUUUUUUUUAAAUGAAUUUGUGUUUUCUUAACAGAUUCAUGUUUGCACUUAGAGUCUUUCCACCAUGGUGUGCAUCAUGUCCAGCAUUUAUGUGAAUUUAUGACAGUCAUGUGGAAAAAGACACUGUUAAUGAUAGUGCAUAUACUAUUAAAUAUAUAGUAUAUCUUAAGAAUGGCCUGAUAUUAUACAAAUAUUAAUGCUGGACUUAAUGCAGGAACAUGAUGUUGAAAAGUGGUGGAGCGUUCUUUUCAUAAGCGUUUAUUUACUGCAAAACUCUUUUUUUUUUUUUUUUUU